AUGGUUUCGCUGGACAAUUGUAAAGUCUUAGUUGUUAAUGGGGAAAUGAUUACUGAUACAGAGCGACCUUGGAAAUGCACGUACGAAGAGUGUAAUAAAUCCUUUAAAGUUCGGUCUAAGCUGGAAAGACAUCGAAUAACGCAUACAGAAUCGCGACCCUUUAAAUGUCCAGUGCCUAAUUGUGAAAAAACUUAUAAACGAUUAGAUCAUUUACAAAUUCACGCUGUUGUACAUGGACAAGAUCCAAAGCCAUUCAAAUGUGAAGUUGAGGGUUGUGUGUCAAGUUUCUCAAUAAAACAUCAUUUAAGGAGGCAUAAAAAAGAUAUACAUGAGACUGAGAAAAUAUAUAAAGAAUGUGGAUCAACAUUUACACAGGAUUAUUUAUUAAGAAAACAUAUGACCAUACAUACCAAAAAGAAACCCUACCCUUGUGAAGAUGAAGGAUGUGAGAAAAGUUUUUCGUCUUCAACCAAAUUACGAAUCCAUAAGCGAGUUCAUUUUGAUCAAAAUAGAUGGCGAUGUGCAUUUCAAGGAUGUGAACAAGAAUUUUCAAAGGUUAAUGAACUUCACACUCAUAUACGAAAUGAUCACGAAGCUAUUUGUGAAUUAUGUAAUAAAAAAUUGAAAGAUAUGAAAGCACUCAGGCGACACAUGAUAACACAUAGCCCUGAUCGUAUCUUAUUUCCAUGUAAUUGGGAAGAUUGUGAAAAACAUUAUUAUAGUAAAAAAGCUGUUUAUGCACAUAUUCGAACAGUACACCAAAACGAUCGUCGAUUUGACUGCCAUGUUCCUGGAUGUGGGAUGUCUUUUGCAUACAAAAAAGUUAUGGAUAAUCAUAUCAAAAAUAUUCACGAGCACCCACGUUCGCGUAAAAUUAGAAAGCUGAAUAAAGAUGACAAGAUCAACCGUAAUGUAACUGAAAUUGAACAUCUUACAGGUUUUGGUUACUAUGAUUCUGGUAGAAAUAUAUCGUGUACGGUUGAGGGAUGUGAAUUCAUGUUCAAGCGUCAAUAUGAUCUGGAUAGACAUAUGGAAAGUAAACAUCCAAAUUAG